UGGUCACAGUCGACGGGAAGGCAAGCGAUCUCUGGUGUCAUCUGUCAAAUUCAGGACACACACGUCCACAACCGCCUCUUUAAAUUUCAACAGGCAAAAUCCUCACGUAUCUGCCACCGGCCACCCCAGGAUAAACCCUGCGCUCGCCGCUGCAGCAUUUGAGGCGGAGUCACUUGAGCCGAAGUUUCCGGAAAUCCAGCGCAGAGGACAUCGGCGCAAGGAUGGCAGCGUACAAGCUGGUGCUGGUCCGCCACGGAGAAAGCUGCUGGAACCAGGAGAACCGCUUCUGCGGAUGGUUCGACGCGGACUUGAGCGAGACGGGGGAGCAGGAGGCCAAGAGAGGAGGACAGGCCUUGAAAGAUGCUGGCUACGAGUUUGAUAUUUGCUACACCUCUGUUCUUAAGAGGGCCAUCCGCACUCUGUGGUUUGUUCUGGACGGCAUCGAUCAGAUGUGGUUGCCAGUGCACAGGACCUGGCGCCUCAAUGAGCGCCACUACGGUGGUCUGACUGGCCUGAACAAGGCUGAAACAGCAGCUAAACAUGGAGAGGCACAAGUCAAGAUUUGGAGGCGCUCUUUUGACAUCCCUCCCCCACCCAUGGAUGAAGGCCAUGACUUCUAUCAGACCAUAAGCAAGGACCGACGUUAUGCCGAUCUGACAGAGGACCAGCUUCCAACUUGUGAGAGCCUGAAGGACACCAUUGCUAGGGCUCUUCCAUUUUGGAACGACGAGAUAGUUCCACAGAUCAAAGAAGGGAAGAGGGUGCUGAUUGCCGCCCACGGCAACAGUCUCCGUGGCAUUGUCAAGCACCUUGAGGGUAUGUCUGAGGAGGCCAUCAUGGAGCUGAACCUUCCUACAGGUAUUCCUGUUGUGUAUGAGUUGGACAAAAACUUAAAGCCCAUAGGACCCAUGCAGUUUCUGGGAGAUAAAGAGACUGUACAGAAAGCCAUGGCUGCUGUGGCGGCUCAGGGUAAAGCAAAAAAAUAAACUCCACUCCAAUGAUUGGCAUGGUAUUUAGAUCAGUCCUGUGCUGUUCAGUUAACAAAACAUACUAGUCAUCAAGCCAGUUAGUAUUGUCAACAUCACAAACCUCACACACACAAACUGUACCAUGUGUAACUCGGUAAUACGCGGAGGUUUGAAUUGAGUCAUCUAUAUUUUUCGACAUAAGUUUUAGAGAUUGGAUAUUAAUUAUAUAUGCAUGUACUGACCAAAAUGUCCGUCUUGGACCUUGGAGGUAACUUGACCUUGAGGCUACCCCACAAUAUAUAUGCGAAGUAACAUUGUUGUUUAUAGACCGAGUUGAUUUCCAUUGCACUUGUCCUUGCUGUGACACUGAGAAAAUAAUAAAUGUGAUGAGCUAUUACAUGUUUAAAA